AUGCUGAGGAUCCCUGUCUCACUACAGUAUGAGAAUUCUUGGUUCUGGGCGGGAGACCCAAAAGGCUGCUACACGGUAAAAGAGGGGUAUAGGCGUGUUAUUGGAAACUUUGAACAUACCCCGGAUACUUUUGAUAACUGGCUACAUCUCUGGAAAAUUAAGUGCCCUGCAAAAUGGAAAACUUUUAUUUGGAGAGCCCUAACUAAUUCUCUUCCUACCACUACGAAUUUGAUUAUAAAGAGAGUUGAGAUUGAUCCAUCAUGCCCAAUGUGUGGUACUUUGCAUGAAAAUAUAAUGCACUCACUUGUUUUAUGUGAUUAUUCAAAGCUUGUAUGGAAUGAAUCCUCCUUGCAUGUUUCUAAUAUGAGUGGUAGUGAUUUUGGGGGGUGGUUUGAUAAUGUGAUUGCUAUGCUGACUGAAGACAACAUUAUCUAUGUUGUAGCUCUGUUAUAUCACAUUUGGAAAGCCAGGAACUCAGCGGUUUGGGAUGCUUGCUUACUACGCCCAUCCCGUGUCUGGUUCACCGCACACGCAGCAGCUCAGGCCUGGAAGGAGGUCCACGUUUCGCCACAUCCGCAGCAGCAACCGGCAGCCGUGAUCGCCCAGCCUGGAGUUCCGCAAUGUUUCAUCGAUGCCGGCUUUGAUCCACACUCUGGCACGGCCACAGUGGGCGCAGUACUGCUCUCACAGCACGGAGGUUUCGUGGCUGCAUUCAAUAGUCACUUACCUUCGUGUGACUCGCCACUUAUGGCGGAAGCCUUGGCCUGCAAAGAAGCCCUCUCAUGGCUAAAGGGUCGGAAUCUACACUCUGUAUGCAUCUACACUGAUUGCUCCACGCUCAAGAAUUUGCUCACCAUGGAUAAUACUAGUCUUUUUUCUUAUGUUCGUUAUUUUGUUGACGCCAUUAGGGCUAUUAUGUCUACUUUUACUAGUUGCUCAGUUAAUUUUAUUCCUAGAACUGCAAACAGAGGGGCUCACGUUUUGGCUACGUUGGCUUACUCACAACUUGGUUCUUUGUUUUGGGAUUCUAUCCCCCCGAACUCUAUUUCUGAGCUGAUUUAA